AUGGCAUCAAAGGCGCAGGUCGAGAUGGUCGAGAAGAUCAUCGACUACCGAUUCGCAUCCAAGGACUACCUCCACCAGGCACUCACAGCCGCUAGGGGCGAAGGGGAGGAUCGUGAUGACGGCAAUAGAGCCCUGGCACAGAUCGGGGCUCAUUGGUUUGACACCCUCUUGAUGAUCCUGUUGAUGCGUAUGGGCGCUAGCAAGGAGGACAAGGCAAAUUUGAGGAUUGAAUUUACCCGGAAAGACCACUUCACAUUUGCUGCCAAACGGACGGGGAUCAGUCAGUGCAUCAAGUACAGUUCGAAGCCUGGGUCGGAGUCGUCCACCGUCCUGCGAUACGCGAUCAACGCGAUCAUAGGGGCAGUCCUUCUGGAUACCGCGAGCCACACUAUUGGCACAACCCUUGGGGUGAUUACUCGGUACGUCUAUGCAGACAAUGACUACACGAUGAUCGAUCCAACCUUUGACAGCCUUUCGGAUUUAAUGCCUUCAAUCACUGAGACAGAUCAGAUACCUCCUAACCUUGCAACAAGCGUUCACCAUCUCAGUGACGCCCAGUUGAUCUGCGAUGACCCUUUUGUCAACCUCUCUAUGUUUGACAGCCAAAUGUCCACGGAUGGCUUGUCCAUUAUCCCGGAUUACGCUGGAGUUAUGACUGCCGAAUCAUCACUUUCAUAUUCCACUGAUGAUCCAAUCAUCCAGACUCUCCCUCGUCAGGACUCGCCCGCCGUAUCCAGUCUUGUUCUAUGUUCACCUCGCUUGCCCCGAGCUACGAUCGCACCGGAGUCUAACCACCUUCAAGGCAGCCUUAAAAAGAGGGAUGAACAGGCCAAGUCCUCGGCAAAUACGUCUAUUCCUGACUCCACCCUCCGCGAAUUUCUCAAUAAGGAAAGAAUGAAAUGCUCUGCGCAACAUCUCCCGCCCCCAGAAGAAACAUAUUUCACCCCCGAAAUCCAUAACGCCCUCCGGAGCCCAACCCACGAGUCCAUCAAGCCCCUUUUACCACUGCUAAUUACCAUGGGCAGUCCUGAUGCAAUAGUCUCCCUCCGCGGCAUGAUUUGCAACAUAAGAGCACAGCCCAGCUGCCACUCCUGCCGUCUCCAGGACGGUCUCUCACCAGCUAGAAGAUAUUCUCUCAUCGAGCAGCUCGAACACAGCGCCAGCACCAUGCAACUUAUGAAAUGGUACCACAUCUACGAGUUGUUCCGCGAAUGUGGUGGCCCAGACACGGUAUCCAGCAGUGGCUACGCCAACUCGACUCCAGCCUCGUUUCCAAUCGGGCAGAAAUGUCUCGGCAAUCCGGUCCACCACGGCGACGCCAAUGUAUCCAAGACCAUGAUGAAAGACAUCUUCCCAGAUAUGGACCCUAGCACGGACGAAUACAAGAAGCAAUUUCGGAGAAUUCAAAAACUCAGGAAACUUGGUCAGCGACUGCAUGCAUUAAUUGACAAGUUCGGGAAAGGGAUUUUAGGACUCAUGGUGGGUCGGAGCUCGAGUGGGGGCUUCGAUAUACCAGUCUCGGAUACUAUGUUGUUCAAACCUACUGAGGGAGCAUUCGCCUGUUUUAUCUCGCUGCUUGAGUCGUCGCAGGGAGAUAGUCUGCGUGCGUUCGGGGAUGCUGUCUGGGGGGUACUGCGGCCGGCGUUGUUUGGGACGUUAUCUGGGGAUGUCUUUGAUAUAGAGAGACUCGAUCCGGAGUAUAUUCUGAGGCAGGUGAAGGGCUCUCCGGGAUUAUUGGGGAUUAUUUGCUAG